UUCAAAAAUUAACAAUGUCGCAACAAGUCGCUUCAAAAGCUCGUGUUAUUAAGGUCCUGGGACGCAUUGGAGCCCGGGGUAUCCUUACCGAAGUUCGUGUCCAGCUACUGGAGUUCCCAAAGAUGCAAUUUCUGCGCACCGUGAAGGGACCUGUUCGCGUUGGAGACAUCGUCGAUUUCGAAGACACCGAGUUGGACAAUCAACCCUCUUUCAAAACCAUUUGCAGCUUUGGUGGCAAGGAUGAUAAGGGCGCCAAAGGUGACAUGGGUGCCAAAGGUGACAAGGGUCCCAAAGCUGAUAACUAAUUCC